CACGCUGUAUAGUGUUACACAAACAUUGAUUGUAAUCGAGAUAUUAACUACACGUGUCAACAAUAAUAAUCGAAACGCGUAUGGUUAUUGCAGCAAACCGCACUAUAACUGCGCUUUCGGCUUGUUUGUAUUGCAUUUAUUAAAUUAUAGCGCUUCGUUGAACAAACAGUGCACACGUUCCGGACUCGGCGAUUGAGAUUUCUUUAGGAAAAAUGAAUUUGAUCGUUUAUUUUCAAUUAUUAUGUCUGUGCACGCUACAGGCGUUGUCCAAACACACUUACAGUUCAGACGGUUCGUGUCCCGGCAAAGGUUACGAAGAACAACCGUUCCUGAAAGACUAUUGUAAUGGAAACAGACAGCUGAACCGUUUCAUGAGCACGAUCGAAACGCUGAUAUCGUCGGAUUGCAACUUGGUCGAUGCGUGCAGAAGAGUCGUCGAUCGUUCGGAUGACGUUGACCAAGAACAAGUCGAUUUCAUCGUCGUGGGAGGCGGAGCGGCAGGUCCCGUAGUAGCUGACAGGCUUUCGGAAAAUCCAGCGUGGACGGUGGUCCUGUUGGAAGCCGGUCCCGAGCAACCCGCUGCUACCGACAUCCCUGCAUUCUUGUCCAGCGCCGUGGGCACUAAAUACGAUUGGAAAUAUGUCACGGCUCCGCAGCAGAACGCUUGUUUGCUCACGGGUGGAGUGUGCGAAUGGCCCCGAGGAAAGCUGUUGGGAGGAACGGUCGCCCUGUCAGGUUCCAUGUACUCCAGGGGCAAUCGCCACAUAUACGACAGCUGGUUGCAGAGCGGCAACCCUAAUUGGGGAUACGACGACGUGUUGCCGGUGUUCAAGAUGUCCGAAGACAAUAGGAACUACAACAGCGGCGAACACUUGAAGUUACACGGCACCGAGGGACCGAUCCCCGUGAUGCUCCCCAGAGAAGUUUUGCCCAUAACCAAGUCCAUCAUUGAGGCGGGCAAACAAUUGGGAUACCGGCAGAUCGACAUGAGCGAGCCGGAACCAUUUGGAUUUUCUCUGGCUCAGGCGAUGACCAACGACAUAGAAAUUCGAGAAACGGUGCCAUCGUCGUACAUCAGACCGCAUUUGAACCGCAAUAACCUCAAGGUGAAAAUUAACCGGUACGUGACAAAGCUGUUGGUAAAUCCGGACAAAAAGACCGUUUACGGCGUCGAGUAUGUCGACACCAACUACAACAAGACUUACAAACUGAUAGCCAAAAAGGAAGUGAUCCUCAGCGGCGGGAUAAUCGGCUCUACUCAAUUACUGCUGAUGUCGGGAAUCGGACCGGAAGAAGACCUCAAACGUCUGGGAAUACCUCUGGUACAGAACCUAAGAGUGGGUCAUAACCUCCAGCACCACGUGGCCAUUAAGUUGGAUUUUCAACUGAACGUCACACACUCCAAAGUGCUUUCUUAUGAAUCGGUAUUCCGAUACUUGAAGAACAAGAGCGGUUCUCUGUCCACCACUGGCGCUCUCCAGGCUUCGGCGUUUUUGAAAUCCGACCAGAUAAACGCCAAUCAACCGGCCGACGUUCAGUUGUUCUUCGACGGGUUUGUGCCGAAAUGCGAAAACGCCCAGCCCCGUUUCGGUUGUCAGAAACCGCAUCACCUGGCAAAGCUAGCCAUAAGGGCGGUGAACUUGAGACCUCACAGUAGAGGAACCAUAAAACUCAAUAGCCCCGACCCGUUCGACCGACCGAUAAUCGACCCGAACUACUUGACGGUGAACACGGACUCGGAGGUGUUGUUGUGGGGCAUAAAACGGAUUAAAGAACUGGCCAACACAAAAGCCCUGCAACGCUAUGGCGCCAAGCUGAACAGUACUCCAGUCAGGGAAUGUAGACACUUAACGUUCGACACCGACCCUUAUUGGAGAUGUUACAUCAAAUUCUAUUCAACGGGCGAAAACCAUCAUGCGGGCACGUCUAAGAUGGGACCGGCCUCCGACCCCGAUGCUGUUGUAGACGACCAGCUAAGAGUCCACAACGUCAAAGGAAUUCGAGUGGUAGACGCGUCGAUCAUGCCACUGCAACCCAACUGCAAUCCGAUAGCUCCGACAGUGAUGAUUGCCGAAAAAGCUGCUAUAUACAUUAAGAACUUCUGGAAGAGCUAAAAUGAACGCGCAUACCGUUCGAUUUCCAGUACUGUUUCGUUUAAUAAUACAAUGUAAUUUAUAGAUGUAGUUGUAAAUUUGUGUAACUAAGUACGAUAUACAGCAUACUUGUAUAUUGUCAACACGGCCAAGGUAGUCGGUAAAUAAAGACUUUUUUUUUAAUUAGUUAUUUAGAUUAAAGCUGUAUGAUUUCACUAGUGUACUAUAACAAUUAAUAAUGACCAAAAGAUCAAAUAGAA